CAAGGUGGUGUGGUGAGCAGAGGUUACGACUGUAAAUGUAUCUCCAUUAAAGACGUCAUGAACGGAAACUCCAGAAAUCAAGACAAUUCUGAUGAUGGAAAUCGUUUUGUCAUGAAGAAAACCACGUACUGGGAAAUAAACGGUGUAAAACGUUUUCCGUACCGUGGAAGGCGUAAAUAUACACCAUUACUUCACCAAUCUUUAGAUGGAGGAAUGAUUAUCUGGAACGACGUUUUUGGGCUAACAAUAAGACAGUUUGAACGAGUGUAUAAAGCUUGUUUAGAAAGAAGGAAAACAAAAGAACAGUGGAUACUGAACCUUAGAUAUCCUGACAAAUCUUCCAACGCAUAUCUGGAAUACUUAGAGAACUGUACAGAUUUUAAUAAAGGUCAUUUGCUUUGGUGGGAAAAUCACCAGAGGGAAAAAAACUUAUAUGAACACCUAGUAAAAACAGUUGGUACUGAAAUAGAUAUACGAACGAGACAACGACUUUUUAUCAUACAAGAUAUGAUCGUAAAUGCAUGUUUGAAUAAAACACAAAUAUCAAGUGGAAGUUUGGCGGAAGGACUUGAUUUACCAGGCAGUGACAUGGAUAUAAUGUUCGUUAACGAUUUCGCACACGUUAUACAUAAUAAAAGGAACAUCAAACACCCAAUACAUAAUAAUAUAUUUGUUAUGGAGACAGAUAUUGAUUAUCCAGGAUUUACUAAACUCCGAUUGGUAGCAAGACAUGAUAAGAAAUCAAUAAAAUUAACAUGUUUCAACUGUCCACCAGGUUCAUGUAGAGGUAAUUACUAUUUAGGAAUACAUCAAUUUCUUAAUGCAUUAGUGCAUCGGUAUCCUAAUCUGAAGGGAGUAAUACACGGUCCAUGUAUAUCAAAUAAAGAACAUACGAUUGAUAUAGCAGAAUGCCUACAUAGUAAAUAUCUACCUGACAACGCAAUUCCAUGGGCAUCCCGUCAUCGAUUGCAAUGGCCCCCUAAUUUUGUAAUUGACAAGAUCAUAAAUUACGGAUGUUUGUUAGUACCUAUAGGACCAAAGACUAUACCAAAUAAUUGUUAUUUAUGGAGAUUGUCUUUCUCUAUGGCAGAAAAAAUACUUGUACAUUCGUUUAAUUUUACUCAACUCUUAUGUUACGGUCUACUCAAAUUAUCAUUAAAGCGUAUAGUUAACACAAACGAUGACGCAAAAGAUUUACUAUGUUCUUACUUUCUUAAGACAGCUUUAUUCUGGGUUUCGGAGGAAGUUGAUAUUGACACAUUUCAAUUAACUAACUUAUAUUAUUGCUUUUCUCUUUGUCUUGAAAAAUUAAUAUCAUGGGUAAACACAUGUUACUGUCCGAACUAUUUUAUACCCGAACACAAUAUGUUCCUAGGAAAGAUCAAUCAGACUAAUAAUACUAUACUACUACAUGUACUUGAUAGUAUACAGUGUGGAGGGAUUGAUGGAUUGCUACAUAGUUUAUUUCCGCCUGACAAUGAAAAUCACCGUUUGUUAGGUACAUAUAGUGAAUCUACGUUCAUUCUGCUAGACUUUCUACUUUACAGAAAUACGUGUUACACGAUUGACACGAUAUCAAAAGACAUUUCAAGUUGUUAUAAAGCACUUUCAUGUAGUGAAUAUUUACUAAAGUCCGAAUCGUCUACGUUUAUUAUUGAUGUAUGUAAAUAUUAUAAAAAUAUUAUCAGUAAAGAAAUAGCAAACUUACUACCACCACCAAAUACAAUGGAUAACAACAUACGCAAAUGCUAUCAUAAACUUUUCAAACACAUUACCAAGAUAGAUGCUGUGUCGGGUUGGUUGUUAUAUGCAUCGGUUUAUUAUGUAACAAGACAGUUCAAUGUAACACUUAGAAUAACGGAUUAUGUUCUAUCAAAAUGGUCACCUUAUUUGAUGUUUAUAGACUCUGGGGUUAACAGUGACAUUCAGAAAAUUAAUUACAGACAGAAUGUACAUUCAUCAAUGACAUUAAAUGAAAAGCUGUCAAUAGCCACUGCGCAACAUGUCCAUUACCGUAAGCACACAUCAUUAAUACCAGAAGAACUACAGCUUGAGGUAGAAAGCGGAAUGAUGAACAUACUACCAGAUGUAAUGUCUCACUGCCUUAGAUUUUUAUGUUAUCAUCAUCUUGGUGAUAUAUCCAACCGACGACAAGCAUUACGUGAUUUAUAUAUAGCAGUGAAAUAUAAUUAUGUAUCAUUGAAUACAAUUUCAAAUGCAUUAACAAUACUUGGAGUAUGUUGUGAAAUAUCCGGGCAUAAAGACAUGGCCUAUCAGUGUUUUGAUGAAGCUAUGCAAUGUGAUGACUAUGUAUGUCCUUCAGCAGAAACAAGGCAAUCAAAACUUUUUGAGAUUUAACAUACACUUAUAGCAUCAACAGUAAAUAGAAACUGCUAUGUUAUAGUAUGUCAGCAGAUAAAGAUACCAAAUAUCUGUGUUACCUAGGGAGAUAUCUAAACUUGUAUCAUUUAAGUAAUAGAGUUUUGUUUAGCUUAUUUAUGCGCGGUGUGUUCCUUAAAUAUAACUUAUAACAAAAUACACGUAAUUGAUACAAAUAACAUGAAGACACAACUCCAUUUCUGAUUUAUAACUUCGUUGAUUAGUUUAUAAAUCAUUGAGAAACUAAGAAUGGAACUUCAUGUUAAGUUGAUUUUUAUACCCUGUGACUUGGAUGGAGAGUUGUCUCAUUGGCACUCAUACCACAUCUUCUUAUUUAUACUUAAAAGAUUUCUUUAAAACCAAUUUUUGUAAUAUUACCCCGGAUUAUUUCUUUUAUACAGAAUAUAGGUUUAUAAAUAAAUUUGAUAGAAAUGGAA